ACCAAGUGGAAGUGGGAGGGAGGAGUGUAAUAUUUACGGAUGUUGCUGCUAAGUGACUGAAAUAUCGGCCGGAUAUUACGGAAAUAGGAAAAAACAUCCAUCCCCCUUUUUCUCUCUCUAUAUAAGCUUUCAGUCUCAGAUGAUCAGAUCAUUACUCCAACAAUAAGAUUCUCUCUCUCUCGAUUUUCUAAUUCUCUCUCUCUCUCCCUUCUCUUUCAACAUUUCUUUCUGUAUUUUCAACCAUCAACAACUAUCUCUAAGUUCUGAUAAAGAUCUUGAUACUCAUUAAUGGCGUCUAACAAAGUAGUAGCAGGCAUCGACAUUGAUACAAAUGAGAGUAGAAUCGGAAUUUGGACCGGGAAAUCAGUAAAAACGACGACGAUUCCAACUUUUCGCAUCGGUGUAAAAGCAAAAGCUCAACCAAGACAGUUGUUGAUGUAAACCCUUCAAAUAGAAUAGCUGUUAUUGAAGCAGCAAAAAUGGCUGGUAUCAAUGUCUUGAAGGUAAUCGAUGAAACCUCAGCAACUGCAUUAGCUUAUGCGCUUGAUAAGUCAUUCUUAAAGAAACUUCAAGUUCACUUCAGGAACAACAUUCUUCUUCUGAAUCAACAAAAGAUAAUCAGAUGAAAGCAGAAAAUGUCUUGGUUUUUGACAUGGGUGCAGGAACAUUGAGUGUGGCCGUGGUGACGAUUAAACAAGGAAUAGAAUUUGAAGUGAAAGCUAUGAAAGGUAAUACUAAUCUUGGUGGAAAUAAUAUGGAUAUAGCCUUACUUGAUUACUGUAUGGAAACAUUCAUGGACUUACUUCCAGAUGAUCCUGAUGAGAUUCCUAUAGAUGAGAGUAAAAUGAGCGCAUUGAAAUUUGAAUGUGAAUUUGCCAGAAGGGUAUUGGAUAGAUGUGACCAGCAUGGAAUUACAGAAACAACCAUUGACAUCAAAUCUUUCUAUGGAUCUCUUCCUAUGAGUGUUUCGAUAACACCAUAUAUUAUUGAAAAGGUUAACUCAGAGUCUCGGAUUUGUUUGACGAAUGCGAGGAAAAAGUUCGGCAAUGUGUUGAAGCUUCACAUAUAUCUCAAGUUAUCCUGGUUGGUGGAUGCAGUUUUACGCGUAGAAUCCGAAAGAUGCUGAAGUGUUUGUGCAAUGUAAGAGAAUUUUGUGAAUUUGAAGAUCCAGAUUCAGCUGUUGUUAGCGGAACCACAUUUCUAGCAGCAAGUAUUAAUGGCGAUGCUCUUCCUAGUCUACUGGUUUCACCCAUAAAGUUGGGAGUGGAGUCUACAGGUACGACUCUACCUAGAUUCAUAACCAAAUACUUGAGCAUUCCAUCUGAAAAAGAGUUUGAAACUUUAUUAGAUACUCAAGGAGUCCUUGAAUUUGAGAUUUAUGAAGAUGAAAGUGAAAAUUGCACUAAAUCAGAAUCAGCUCCUGCUCCUCAUCUUCCUGAUGACAUAAUAGCGGAUAUCUUUCUUGGACUCCCGUUAGAUUGCAUUGCUAGAUUUAGAACUCUCAGUAAGAAGUGGAAUUUAUUAUUGUCUGGUCCUGCUUUUAUAAGAAUGAGGUACAAUGUAGAAGUCCUGAACAAUACCGCCAUAAUUUUAGUGACCCAAGUGUUCUCGCCGCAUGCUAUGUUCUUAAUCAAGAAGGAUUCCGUCGAAUCGAGGGGUAUUUGUAGGAGGAUGCCUUAUCCACAAGAAUCCAUAAUCCCCAGAAUUGUUAACAUCAUUGGGUGCAGUAUGGGUGUACUUUGUUUAAGGUUAGGCAGGGAUUACAGCACCAUUGGUUUCUGCCUCUGGAAUCCCAUAGUGAAAGAUGUCAGAAAACUUCCUCGUCCACCAGUGUGUCAAAGAGAAAUCAUAUUUGGAUUCUGCUAUGAUGACAAAACUUCAGACUUUAAGAUAGUAAGAGUAGUUCAAGACGAUGAAGUGCAAACUCCUGGAGCUGCUUCAUAUCACUUUCAGGUCCAUGUAUUCAGCCUGAUAUCAAACUCUUGGAGAGUUGUUGAUGGAACUACUUCAUUUAAGAUGGGGUUGGAGUACCAGCCAACAAUAUAUUUUAACCAUGGUGUACACUGGUUAGCUGGACCGCGUCAGAUUUUAUACUUCCACAUACAUCAAGAGCAUCUGGGAACAGUGAAUAUGCCACCAAUUACUGAGGACGAAGACUUUCUCGAAAAGAAGAUUGGGCUGCUUCAUGGCUCAAUGUGUUUUCUAACUCAGAAUAUGGAGAAUGGAGAAGUGCAUUUGUGGUUACUCAAGGAGUAUGAAGGGAGCCAACACUGGAGUGAAGUCUUCUCAACUAGACAAGAAUUACUGAGACGAACUUUUUGUCUGGAUGCUCCAUUGGGAUUUUUACCAAAUGGUGACCUUGUCUUCCUUAACGAUCUUGGCAUAGUGGUUCACAGGCCAGGAAAGGAUCAGGCAAGAAGAGUGGUGUUACUAAAUGAUGAGGAGGAAGAACUUGACGAGCUGCUGGAGGCGACGAGUUAUGUGGGUAGCCUCUAUCCGCUCAAUUAGAUGUGGAGGACUCCAACUACUGGUAACAUGUUCUAUCUAUGUAGUAUUUCGACUGACUGCGUGAGUUACUAGAGAUGGAAAGCUUGGUGUUCAUUCUGUCUAUGCACGGACACAGUGGCAGUACCCGCUGAAGAUGCUCAUUAAGAUGCUCUGAUCAAGAUUGACUUCACUUGCAACUUUCAAUGUUUGGUAGCCUUUGUUCCAGUGUUUUUUUUUUCUUUUUUUCAAAGCACUUUUUUUUGUUCCCUCUGAAAACCUCAGCCUGGAGAGAAAAAUGACCCAUGGUUAAUAAUAAUUCUGGUAUAUUUGGUAAUUGAUUAUUCAUGUUCGUUUUUUCAUUUUUCAAUAAUUUGCAGCUCAAGUAAAAAAUAAAAUGAUUACUAAUGUUUCAAGGAAGUUGUUGGGACGAGUGCCAGAAAUAAAGAAUCCAAUCCGUUCACCAUGUUCAAAUUUGUUGCGCAGUAAUUUUGCCCCUGAAGA